UAUGCAUUCAAGGAGGUGACAUUAGCUUUUAAAACUGUGACCAGUUUUAGCACAAAUUUUUUCCUGUUUUCGUACACAUUUCACGAGAUAUCUUCAAAACUAUGUAGGUUGCCAAUUUGGGGAUUUCGGUUGCCUCUUAAUUAUUAAACUAGCUUUUAUUUUGUAUUAGUAUUUUUUGUUAAUUCAUUCUACAAUGACAGAAAACAGCUAAUGAACUCAAAUGUUUUUUCGGCGCGCUAGAAACAUGUGGGAAACAUAGGAAAUGUCAUGACCCUGUAUGCAUUUCUGAUGACGAACAAGUGUAAGGUUUAUGUACAAAUUUCCUAUAAGAGACAGUGAUAGGGUAAGCAUUCAUGUCAUGCAUCAGUCAAGCAUACUGUAAUGUGUGGAUGACCACUGGGUAUGGGCGAAUGAUUGUCAACUAGUUAUCAAAUUGUAGCAAACUUCAUUCAUUCAUAAGCGUCACGUCAUUGUUGAAAUCGAGUAGCCACGUCUGGCAAAACAAAAAUUAAAAACUGUGAAAAUUAAAGAACCUCAAGUGUUUAAUUUUAUUGAGUAGUGCAAAGUGCUUGUGAAAGUACGUCGAUUUAUAUCUUCCAAAGGUAAAUAUUUACUUAUUACGUUACACUAUGCAAUAUAAUAUCCCCAUAGCAAAAUUCAAACAAUGAAUGAACAAGUGUCCAAAUUGCAAUAAUCCGCGGAAUUUGACGCUAAAAUUUGAUUGUAUUAGAUGAUAAGGGAAGUGUACCAGCGAUCGGCAGUGUUCCUCGGAUCGUCAGGUUAAUACCACAUUGUUGCUCCAAAUUAAAUGAUUUUUUAAAAAUUAUUAGCUACUUUUUACCAUUUAACUCUCACAAGAAUACAGUGCAGUAACUUAAAUUUAAUUUAUAAAACCAAUUUUCCCUGAGACACUUGGUUAAAUUUCUGACGAUCCGAGGUACAGAGUGCAAGUUUGCAAUUACACAUAUUUUUUAUUAAUUUAAUGUAAAAAUUUAAAAUUCAAAAGCACAGAUAUAGUUAAAGGGAUCACUAAUGUAUCAAUUAGCAAGCAUAAAAAUACCAAAUAAUGUUUUGUGGAUUAUAUUCUUAACUAAAUAUGGAGCAUGUCUCUUAACAUUCCGCUCCGAGGUACUCUUCCCUUACUAAUAAAUGUUUUAAACUAGAAAUGAAAACUCUCUAAUGAUUUUAUUAACCUUUGUUUCAGAUAAAGCAUUGCUGAAGAAGAUAGAGAUAUUUCCGCUCCCUGGCUUGUUCCAGGAGGCGAAGUCGCCCCGGUUGAAACCAAAAAUUAUGGUUUACAAUCGGGAGAAAAGGCUCCGGCCAAACCAAAUGUUCACAAUUAUGUGGAGACAUUAAAUGGAGGUGCACAAAAAAAAGGUGGAAAAGGUAAAAAAAUACCACAAAAUUCUCAUUUUUUCGCAUCAAUAGGAAUAGAAUACCCUAUAAUUUUUAUUACUGGAAAUUUUACUCAGGACAAUACAAAAUUAUUUAAUGAAAUUUCGAAUAAUAAACAAUGUUGUGCCAAUGCAGUUGUAAGUAUGAUUUGGGCAUUCGAAACAAAAUUAAAUAGUUGGUCAAAUCAUACAUUAGACAAUAUACUUAUUGAGGGUAAUAAAAUUUAUUUAGAAUUAAUGAAAAAUGAAACAUGUGAUUACUUAAAUAUUGAAAAAAUGCCUAAAAAUCUAACAGUAUUUAAUAAAAAAUUUGUUUUGAAUACUAUUCUAAACAAAAAUGAACUUCAGGGAGAGAUUCUAGGAAAAUCGGAAAACCAAUCUUUGUUGUUUGCUUUAUUAUUUUUUUUCAAAAAUUAUGACUAUGGAGUUAUUACUUGUAAUGAUAUAUGUAUUUCAAUUUUUAAAAUUGAGAAAUUAUAUUACUUUUUUGAUAGUCAUGGAAGAGGUAAAUUUGGUCAAUUUGUUACAAGAAAUGGAAAAUCGGUUUUAUGUGGCUAUGAAGAUCCCAAUAAAUUAUGUAAUAUUUUGAUAUAUAAUUUUUGUUAUGGGAACUUUGAGUAUAAGGAAGAAUUUUGUUUUAUAAUUACGCCUUGUUCGGUGAUUUCAGUUUUUUCAAGUAGUUCUAAAACAAAUAUCUUGCCUUAUACAUCAACAAAUCACAAUUCAAGUUUACAAAACAGAAUUUGUAUGGAUACCCAAAAUACAGAAAUUAUAUCUCAAAACAAUUACGAAAUAAAAAAUUCAAAUGAAAUUUCAGAUAAAAAAAAGAAAACUUGCAAAAAAAAUUCAAAAAAACAGUUAAAAAUUGCAAAAAAAAGCGCAUACCUCCAGAAGAGAGACAAUGAAAGACGAAAACAGCAACAUUCAAAAGAAAGAAAAGAAAAUUUAAAAAAAAAGGAAAUGGAAAACAAAAGGAGGAAAUUAAUGCUUAAAGAGGAACGGGAAAGAGAUUCAAAUAAAAAAAAACUGGAAACUGAAAGGAGAAAAAAAAUGCAUAAAGAGGAACGGGAAAGAGAUUCAAAUAAAAAAAAACUGGAAAACGAGAGGAGAAAAUUAAUGCAUAAAGAGGAACGGGAAAGAGAUCCAAAGAAAAAAAAACUGGAAAAUGAAAGGAGGAAAUUAAUGCUUAAAGAGGAACGGGAAAGAGAUUCAAAUAAAAAAAAACUGGAAAACGAGAGGAGAAAAUUAAUGCAUAAAGAGGAACGGGAAAGAGAUCCAAAGAAAAAAAAACUGGAAAACGAAAAGAGAAAAUUAAUGCAUAAGGAGGAACGGGAAAGAGAUCCAAAGAAAAAAAAACUGGAAAACGAAAAGAGAAAAUUAAUGCAUAAGGAGGAACGGGAGAGAAAUCCUAAGAAAAAAAGGAAAGAAAACGACAUUCGAAAAAGAAAACAUCAGCUGGAACGAGAAAAGAACCCCAAAAAGAGAGCAUUAGAGAAUGCUGAUAGGAGGAAAAGACAUCAAACUGAACGAAGGAAUCCAAAAUGAUUUUCAACACUUAAUACCGGAUGAGAUCUUGGACUUAGGAAACUUAGAGAUAUCUUCCACACAUCUUGAUCUUUUGGUACUUCAGGAAAGUAUUCGGAUCCAAUUUCAAACAAGAUUAGGAUAUUUCUACAGCUACCUUCUCCAAGGUCCGCCUAAAAAGGCUGACAACCCAUUAUAAUGACUUGCAAGUCUCGAUAAUCUUUACAUAAGCGCUUACAUGACUAUAUCAACGCAGCUGUGAUUUUCAACACCGAAGAAAUAAUUUGACAAAAACAUUUAAUCUAAAUAACAUUAUUGUAUGUUAGUUUGUUAGCUAAAUCGAAAUAGCUUUAAAUUAUAUUUAGGACUAAAGACGACAAACGUAAUGUAUAUAUCUUGGCAAAAACAGAAUUGGAAUAAAUCUAAAUUUCAUAUUUAAAAAUGUUACUGAGAUAAUUAUGUUUUCACUUUUAUUGUGUUCUUGUUUGAGUACAAAAAUCAGGGAAGAUGAAUCGAGAGGGAGUUAAUUGUCCUAAAUUUGUGAAUCUUAGUGCCUAUCUGUUUUUUAUCUGUUGAAAAGAAUAGUUGACGAUAUGAUUAUGCUGAUAUCUGAGAUGAUAUGGGAUUGCUGCAUCACAUUAGUAGAACAGCAUCGUUAAAGCAUCUAUCAAAGCAUCGUCGAGAACCCGCAUAAUAUUCAAAGUGGGUUCAGGAAUAGAUGAAAUUUUUGGUCGCUUGGAAAAUUACAAUGUUGGCAAUUUCCAAUUUCACAGCUGACAUGUAAUUAGAUAGAGCCUUCAAUGUUAUACUAACAAUUGUCAUAGAAAAAUUUGACUCAGCUUGCGUUAAUGGAUGUUAAGAUCAGAGUAAUUAAGUUGGGAUGUGGUACAGAAAUUAUUUGACAGAUCUUUCCUACAAGAGUUUUCCAACGGUCAUGGUGUGGAGUGGAUCUUUUGGAGAAAUUAACAAUAGAAACGAAAUUUCUGGAUUAACAAUUUUGCGCUUAUUGCUCUACAGGGCUGAAAGCUCUAAAUUUUGCAAUAGCUUGCCUAAUUAGCUUCAGUGUUGGUUAAAUGAAUAUUUUUCAAUUUUUUAAUUUAAAAAAAAAUGUUUGGAGUAUUCUAUUUUUUUUUAAUGAACAAACACAAAAAUUAGGAAAACAGAAUCUAUACGAAGAUUCCUCAACUUAUGAAUCUUGCUACUAAUUUCAUUUUUUAAGAUAAUAAUAAUAGAUAAAAAAAUCUUUUCAAAAAAAUCAUCUAUUAAUCUGUAUGAAUCUAAUUUCAAAAUAUGAAUAUUCUAUCUGAAGUAUUUCUGGUACAUUGACUGAAUGGGUUAAUAUUAUUUGAAAUUUAAAAUUAUAUUUGUGAAGUUGCCUACAAAUUGAUCGUAAACCAACUUCACUUUGAAAUUGGUUUAUUGUCAAUCUGUAGCCAACUUUACUUACAAGAUUGUAGACGUCAAAUUAAGAACUUGAAUUUUGCGUGAAGUUCCCAUAAAUAAACCACGGAUCGACAACACCGCUGAAAAACAUGGAGGAUAUGGAGAAAGAGUUUUUCCAAAAGUUGGAAGCUCUUAAGGAGCUCCACUCAAGGAUCUCAGAAAGAGCCACGGUUCUUAGGCUGGAAGUAUCAGAAUUUCUGGAAGAAAUUGAAAAGGCUUCACUGUCGGAGUUUGGUAAUAAAAAUAGUGAGAUGAUCAAGAAGCUCACCUUAUAUUACAAAACACAAAUCAAUUCUAAUUAAUUUUAAUUUCUUUGCAGGAAAACUUUCAAUAAAAAAAGACAUGCUGAAGAAAAUUCAAAAACUGACGACAAUUAAUUAAUUCAAAAAUUAUUUAAAACAGAUUUGAAAUAA